CUUCUCCAUCCUGCCGGGGUCAUCACUGUGCCGGAGAGGAGGCGGGGGGCGAAGACGAUGGCGGCGGCGCGUGUCGUGGUGACGAGCUGGUGGAGUCUGCAGGGGACUCAACAGACUCAGAGAAACUGGAGCCAGCGGACAUUUGCAUCCCUGACUGAUCCCCAACUUAAAAGGGCGAAGCGCCACAGGCGGAGCUGAGAUCCGCUGGGAAAAACGAGAUACGACCUAAAAACAGGAAAUUCAAGACGGCAGACAACCAAAAAGAGGUGGAAGGAGACUCUACAGCCAUUCCAGCCUUGUCUCAGUGCAGGGCCUUAAAAUCUGAGCUUCUAUUGCUGCAAAAACCCUGGACUUCCUACGUCGAAACUAAGACACAGCAGUCUCACCAGUGCGUCUGAGCCGAAGAAAGCACUGCCCGGUCCACCUCAAAGUAACCUGCAAUGUACUGAACCCACCUGCCACUCAUCUGCCAUGGACAAUCUCGAGCGUGUGUGUUCCUGCUCCGAGAGAUGCAACAAGGAGGAGUUUGUCCAGUUGCUGCAGAACUGCCGCCACAAUUUGACAUCUCUACAGGACAGGAUGUCAAAAUGCUCCGCCACACAGGCUUUGAGACAAGAAAUCACAAACAUAGACAAAGGCCUUGUGCAACUUGCCAAGGACACAAUCUGUGCCAGUUGCACAUGGGAACCCCUGGCAGGGCUGCACCAGCAAGUCAGUCCACUCCAAGGCCACAAGAUGGCGCCAGAUCCUAGCGGACAGUUUAAACAACUCUGCUGUGCAAUCAAGGACUGUGAUGCAAGCUUGAAAAUGUUGUCCUCAAAAGCUUCAGACCUGCUGAAGGCUGCAGAGUCCAGCACACAAGAGGUGCUUUCAGCAGAUGUCACCCUGACUAUCCAAGCAAUCAACAAAGACCUUCACAGGCUGAGGUCCAUUUUUCAGCAAAAGAAUCGUGUUGACAACAUGACAGAUGCGGUGAAAAACGUCAGGAGCCAAACAGUUCAACCAAAACCAUCCUCAGCACACCAGGAGCAAGAAGUGCUGGGCUUUGGACCUGCAGUGGAACAUCCAGACACAGUGAAGAUGAUAACCGAUACAGAGACACUUGGUAAGGAUGUCAAAGGAACCCCAAAGACGGUGUUCACAGCUUUGGUGGACAGAGAGCAUACUGAAGAAGAAGAUGCGAAUGGAGCAGAGAGUCAACAUCUGAGCAUAAUCCCACAGAGAAAACAUGAAUCCGACCAACUCACUCAUUCUGAAUCAAGCCUGUCUGCAGAAACCGCCUCAGGCUUUUUAAACCCUGAAAUGUGUCUGUCCAAAACCAUACUACCAGAACACCCGGAAACCUGUAAAAAGACACACGCUGCACCCUCCGGGUCACGUUACCUCCUCACAGACACAUUUCCGGACGCCAAACAAGCAGACAUUACAGAUAAAAGUCACCCUGAGGCGCAAACGCGCCAAAAUAGGCAUUUAAUUCCAAAGAGAUGUACUGAUUACACGAUGGCUGACAUCAGGGACUUACUGUCAUCAUCGGAGGACACUGAGGCGAAGCAAGUGGGAGAAGACAUGGAGCCUGAGAGGUCGGCCCAGCAAGAGAGGACAUGUGACUCACCCGGACAGACGUUGUAUAAACACACAUCUACCAUGCGGGACGUUUUGUCUCAGAUCCAAGGCAUGGUAGAAAGAAGCAACAUUUUAAAUAGGACAAUACACAUGGAUUUAAAUUGGUGCCUUCAGUCGUCACCCUGUGAAGCCGAGAUCAGAUUGGUCAGGACAGUCCAAAAGGUUCUACUAUGCCGAUAUCAUCCAGCACAGUUGGAUAUCGCCGCCAUGGCCAAACAACUGGAGGAAGCAGAGGACUACCAGCGUUGCGUGCUGCACCAAGUUUCCGCCAUCAAAAGUGCAAGUUUAUCUCAACUUUGUGGUCCAAAUGUCCUGAAAAGACUGGAAGCCCAAUGGAGUACAGCGCUUCUGGACGCCUCUGCCACAGUGCAGGUCAAAGCAGCCCAGCUGGAUCGGGUCAAACAGUAUCACACACAGCUGAAGAAAAUCAAAGCUUUCCUGAAGGUUGUAGCGGCCCAGAAGAACAAAAUGAGCUUACAUUCAUUGGGAAGCAGCGUGCUACAGGCUGAAAAACUCAACUCCCUGCUGCAGUCUUUAGAGUGUUGCCAAGAAAUGUGGCAAGAGCUUCUUUCAUUGAGCAGCCACUUAGCUGUCCACUUGAGUGACGCGGAAAGUUCCGGUGCACUUCUUGCUCAGCUUGGAGAUGUCCAGGAUGAUUGGAGGCUUUUGAAAGGAAGUAUCAAGAGAGCCUUUUGGCACGCCGCUAACUCUUCAUCACAGUCCUCCCGUCUUAUGACUGAGGCGAAACAGCUAAAGGACAAAAUCGAAGCUAUCCAAGAAACCCUCCUGUCUCAUGACACCAAAAGCACUUUUGAACUGCUUUGUCUGAGCACAAACCUAAAAAUGUGCGCCCAGCUGCACGUUCAUCUGCAGUCCAUGUCAGACGCGCUUUUCCAGUUCUCUGUGGGACAGAAAGAGAAGUACGGCAUCAAACAUUACCUGGAACAAUUGGGGACCUUACUGGGAGACACCAAAACCUCCAUUUGUGGUCCAGAUGGUGUUUUUGCAGCUGCGAAACGGUUCCAAGAGUGGAUCACAUGGGCAAAGCAGAUGGAAUUCCACAUUUUGAUUGGCAAAAAGUUGUCACUUUUCCCAGAAGAAGCUUGUAUUCAGAUUGCUGAGAUGAAGAGAUAUCGGACUAAUUUAGUGACCAGAAGGUCCGAAAUGAAAAUUGGGGAAUCUUCUGACAUGGACAAUGAGGGCCAAAUGUUAAAUGCAGUAGAAGACUUGUAUGAAACCAUCAUUGAAAGCUUGGAUCGUGUUCUCCAAACAAUGAAGGCAAAUCUACAGGAAAGGGAGAAACUAUUAUCCCAGUUUGAUAGCAUUGAUUCAUGGCUAGUAGAAACAGGUGCUAAUAGAGAACCCUGUGCUCAUGUUGACAACGUCUUGAGAGUUGACGUCAGCUCUCUGGAGGGCAAGUUGGAAAGUCACCAAUUAGCUGUUGCUGAUAUCAAAAAACAUCUUAACAUGGUCAAAGCUUUGGAGAAAAGAUGUAAGGACGUAGCAGAGAGCCUAAGCCCUGGAGAGAGCCGCUACCUUGUCAACAGGCUCUCUGGCAUCUGGACUGAAUUAGAUGGAUUGUUGGCACAACAGACAGCAACCAGCUGGCAUUUGGAGGAGCUGAUUCAUGAGCGUACAUCUUCUGAUGAGGAACUAGUGACCGUUGAAGAUAGUCUGAAGAACAUAACCUCUUGUUUGGACAAGCAAAGGUUCCCUAUGACACAGGAUACACUCUCAACAAUUACACUCCUGAAGCACAUGCUCAUAGAGCACCAGUGUCAAGUGCAGGAAAUUCAACACUGCAAGGAGGUGCAGCGUAGCUCUUUGCUGUGCACCAUUGGAGAAUUGCAAGACAGGUGCAAAGUCAUUAGCGUUCAUGUCUUUGAGCAAGACAAGUAUCUGCACCUGAAGCAACAAAUGGAGGAUUCAAGGGACAUUGGAAAAGAGCAAAUCCAGCAGGCUAAAAAGAAGACGUUAAGUUUGGAUGAGAGGUUUCGAGUGUGCCAGGUGCUCUUAGUUGAGCUCCCAAUGAUGAAGACACAGUGUCAAGAAGCAGCAGACCAACUGGAGGUGAUAGCUCAAGAGCUCGACCCAACAAAGCUGAACUCAGAAAGGCAGGGCAUUCGGCGCACUGUGGAGAUGUUGGUCUCUUGGGAGAACGCUGCGUCAGAUGAGAUAAAACAUCUGGAAUGCCAGCUUCUUUUGGGUCUGCGAUUUUCUUCCGAGCUUCCUGCUUUAAUGGACUUUUUCCAAAAAACGACAAAGGAGCUGCAAGGCAGCGAAUCGGUCCGUCCAGAUGAAAAGGCCAUCGAUGUUGCGCUGCUCAGGCGUUGGGUCAUCUGGAGAAACAUGGAGUCUGGGAUGCGAGUGUUGCAUGUUUUGGCCUGGAAAGGGAACAUGAACCUAAAAAGUCACGGCGAGUUGCAGUUACUCCGAGAUACUGCCAUGCAGGAAUGUCAUGAUCAGAUGGAAAGUUUGUCAAAGGCUCGAGAGUCCUUAAAGGAUUACCAAUGGGCGGCUCAGGGAGCGAUUCGCUUCCUUCACAAUGCUGAAAUGACAUUUUUAUCAGCUCCUGGUGGGUUUCUGGACUGUACCGAGGAGCGACAUCAGACUCAGCAGGCCAUUGAAGCCCUCGAAGAUGGAUUUCAAGCCCAUAUCCAGCACCUUGUUGAACUGGUGCCCCAACAACCCUGCCUUUCUCGUGCCAAGUCUGAAGAUCUGCACAUCAACAUCGUCAGCCAGUUGCUGGUGGGACGAGCCAUUCUGGAGGCUCAGGCUCAGCUCAGACUGGAAUCCUUGCAGAGAUGCGAACUCCGACAACAAAGCCACGGGGUUGGUCAUGUAGACAUACAACAACAUCUGACUGGAUUUGAAGCAAAGCUUUACGAAUGUGCUUCAGAAGAAGUGACCUCAUAUGAUAAAUGUGCUGCACAACACAAAAGAGUUAAGGGUUUGAUGGAAGGUGUUCGCGACCUCGCCGGCAGAAUAGAAGAACUCCGAGUCAGAUGUCCCAUAUGGGGUUGUGGGGUUGGAAAAGAUGGUGAGCUCGGUGCCCUCUGGAGGCGCUGGGUGUCGCUGCGGCAUGGUGUUGGUCUCCUCAUGGCACAAACGGAUCAGAGAGUAGAGGAAUGGAAAGACAUCACAACGAGUGUGGAGCAGUGUUGCAGCUCCCUGUCUACCCUCCAGGCCAAGGUGCCGGACUCCUCCACUGGUAUCUUCACCCAAGAUGAAGUCCGGAAGCUUCUGGCCCAGGCUGAGCAGCAGCAAGUUGGUCUGGAACAAGAGCGUCAGGCUUUGGCCUCCCUGGAGCACAGGCUGGAACACGCCUUGAGCUUAACCACCUCGAAAGAGGCCAGCAGCCUACCUGGUCCCUUUGGCGAAACACUUGUGAAGAUUCAAGAAAACAUUACACGUUUGAAGGAAAGAAACCUCCAUGUGAUAGCUGUUGCCCAGAUGGAAGAGAAGGAGCGACAACAGGUUGAGGAGAAGAUAGGAGAGGUGGAAAAGAACAUAUUAACCAUCCUCUCCAUGCUGGACACUAACAUGAGUUCACAACAGCACCAGGAGCUCAGAGAAGAUAUGUCCGCCCAGAAGACCAAGCUGAAGUGCAUUGUGGAGAAUGUGCGGCGACAGUAUACGGACAUUCCUUCUGAUAUUGGCGAGCAAAUACAAACCGUUGAAGAGUCUGUGCAGGCAGCUGAGAAGAAGAUAUUGGAGCAGAAUGUCGCAGUUCGAAAACUGGCUGGUCAAGUGGGAGAGUUGACUAGUGGCCUGGAGCAAGUGAAGGCAUCACUGAAGCAAAUGAGUUCCACUGUCACAGAGGCUCAGAAUAAUCAAAAACAAGUGUGGAACAAGCUGGACUCAUGUCAUAGUCACUUGAUGCUGCUGGAGAGUGAGGUGCAGGAUCUUGUGGAACAGCAACCAGACCAAGCACACCUCUUCAUGGACCAACUGACGCAUCCGCAGCAGCUCUACCAAGACGCGGCACGGAUGGCCGAGCAGCGCACUGCUUUCCUCAACAAGAUUCCCACCUGUCUUCAAGAGUUCGAAGACCUUCUGUGCAGCGCCACACGUUGGUUAGGUGAGGCCCCAGCAUGGCUAAGUACUCCCUGCUUAGACUUGACAGCCAGAGGCCUCCAGAGUCACGCAAACUCCCUUCAGUUGGUGUUGGAUGAUUCCACAAGAAUCAGGAGCACUCUGAAAGACUACAGGCCAGUGUUGGCCGAGAUCUCCACUGUGUGUGACCUCAGUGCACAGGAGGAGCGUAUGGACAGCAUGGACCAACAGGUUGAAAAGAUGCAAAAUAACCUUCUGGAGAACCAAGAGAAACUCCUGCGAGAUGUCAGGGUAGUGGAAGCCUUGGAAGAUGAGCUGGAGACACUGGAGGAAAAUGUCUCCAAAAUUAGGACAAUUUUAUCCUCUAUGGACAACGCAAGCAUCACCUUGACAGAGCAUCUUAACAACCAGCAGGUGAUCCUAGACAACGUCCACUCUAUGCAGAAGACAUUACACGACAUGGAGAGCUACAAAGUGGAUUUACACCUCCCACAGGAGACAAAGGAGAGUUCGGUGCUGUUCACCAGGACAGGAGUUCUCCAGCAGGUCCUGAAAGAGCUGGAGCAGCUCACCAAACAACAAGCCAUGCUAAUUCAGCACAACGUACGGGAAGAUCAAACAAGAGAAGGUCACGACGUUGCCCUCAGCUCCAAACCUUGUGCAGAAGUAUCGCACGUGACUGGAUCGCUACGAGGAUACUUCGGACAGGAGGCUUUUGAGGAGUCAAAUUCAGAGGAAGACGAAGACGAAAGUUGUCACUCGUCGUCCUCUGACACACUAACAUGCAGUAUUCCAGAGGACCCAGACGACAUGCUCUACGCUUCAGAGGUGCAAAGUGGCGACAUGGCUGAAAUGAACGCCCCAUCUAUCGUUAAGGACCUGGCCUCUGUAUCUGGAGGAUUUGGUUUCGAAGUAGAGACGGAUAGUGAUGAAAAGUCUGGGCUCGACUCCAAGAACGAGGAGCUGGAAAAUGCACAAAAUGGAUUAACAAUGUCAGAAUCCAGAUUGGACACUGAAGCCACUUGUGAAAUACUGAGACCCGAAGCUGCAUCACUGGACACCACUGAAGACCAUUUCGCUGCACAUAACCAAUGCCCACCACCACCAUAUGACACAUUUCCCCAUGCCAAAGAUUCACAGUCUACAAUGCAGGACAUCAGGCCUGUCACUAUGCCUUCAGCCACAGUUACACAUCCAGCUCUGGAACCAAGUGAUUGUAAAGUGGAGGACAAUCAAAAAGCCAAGGCGCCUUCAGCUGUUUCUAUCAUAUUGGCCGAGACUAACACAGAUGACACGGAGGAACUAAAGUGGAGUCGUCUUCACAACCAAAUCUUUCAGAAACAGCAAACCCUGGAGAAAGUCAAAGAGGAGCACCAAACACUUGAGAAGGUUCUAGAAGAAGAGCUGCUGUCUAUUGGCUCCACUUCUGCUGUUCUCCAGCAUGCAAACGAGUCCAUCAACAUGCUGAGUAAAAUAGUGACCUCUGCAGAUGACUCGUGCGUUAAAGAGCAGUUAUACUUGGCUUCCCGAAGGGUUCUUUUGUGUCUGGACGCUUUGACAGACCUUCUAUUGACCCCUGGAGGUGCAGGGGAUGAAGAAAACACCCAGCUGAGGAUAUUACAACAUGAGUGUGUGUCAGUCGAGCUGCUGAAUCUAGCUGAAAUGCUGCGAGAUGUGGAGUCAAAAAGUAGUCGUGAAGAACCAGACGUUCUCAGAGGUAUAACGUCCCUUCAAAAAUGUCUACAAACUGGCCAGACGGUCCUCACGUCUGUCAACCAUCAAGCCAUAGAACACAAAAGCCAACAUCAGGAGCUCUUCUCCCAUCGGUUGGAUUUUAUGGAGGAUAUUCAACUGAAGCAUAGUGACAUUUUCCCAAGUCUACUGGAAACUCCCUAUCUGGAGCAGUGUGUGCUGGGCAGACAUGUGAAAGAGGAUUCAGUAGAAAAUACAAUGAUACAGAAGGCGUCUCUCUCCUUACUUCGUGGACUAAGUAGCCUUCUAGAUUUUGGUGAAGAAUGCCUUGCUGAGGAGCAGGCAAGACCUGCUCAAAACAUCAGCCAACUGCAAGUUCAUCUUCGCAGAAACAAGAAGUUGCAGCAAGUCCUUGGUGCUCAGCUUGCUCUUGUGCAACAUUUAUUCCAUCGUGAGCUGGUAGCACUACGGGGUCAAGAGGAUGAGCGAGUGCAGGUGGAGGUUCGAGCCAAAGCUUUGCAGCAGCAGUUUCUACAAAAUGAAGUGGCUUCUCAAUGGAGGCUGCAGGAGUGGAUCCGCUGGGAGAAUUAUUGCGGUCAGCUUGGGAGGCUGCUUGACGAGCUCGAAGUCUCCGUCAGUAGUGCAGAAGCAGCAAAAGACGAUGAAGAGGAGUCCUUUAUACAACACAGACUGCAUGCUUGCCAGCAAACUCUGGUCCAGUUGGAUGGGAGCAGAGGUGCUCUGGGACUGUUCCUGGAUCAGAGACGUGAGCUGCGAGCAGAUCCGUCGUUUGCGCCCUCAGUCAUUCAGACAGGUGGUGCUCUGGAGCUGCGUUGGCGGAGUGUGUACAGCCGCACGGAGCAUGAGGUUCAGCGCUGCAGCGACAUCCAGGACAGCUGGGUCAGAUUCCAGACACAUUUUGCCUCCGUUAGUAAAUGGUUGCUUGACAGCAACAAACAACUGAAGAUUUGCCGCAGUCUUGCUGAGUCGAACCAGGAGAGCGUUUGCAGGGGUCUCCUGCAGCUGCUGGACUUCUCCAGAGAGAUGGAGGCCGCGUCUAUUCACAGAGAAUCGGCGUCCAGAGAAGCUGCUCGGCUGCUUCGUUUGAAGGAAACUGAAUGUCCUCGUCUGAGAGCUCGUCUCACAAAGCUGGAGGCCGGCUGGUGCAAGCUCACCGCUGAAGUGACAAAUAUCCAAGACCAGCUGCAACAGAAGCUGCUCCUUGCGUGGCCACCUCUAAAGCUGCUGUCUGACUUGGCGUCCUGGCUCAAGAAGGCGGAGCUCCAGCUGAACCAGCACAGAGAAGAGGACCACAAGGACACAGACGCUGUUCAGAUCACUACGACCCUGCAGCACUACCAGGCAUUAAAGGCAUCUUUGGUCAACGGGCAGCUUCUUUUGGAUUUUCUCUCCCAAACUGGUCCUCGAGCAGUGGAAGUAGAUGUCCAGCCUCUUUGUUCUGAGCGGACAAUGUAUGCCGAGCAAAUUGGUGCUCUCAGACAAAAGUGGCUUCACCUGCAAGGGGCGCUGGAGAGCCAGAUUCGUGCAGAUGCUCAGGUCCGUCACACUUUUGCAGCCCGAGAGCAACAGUUGCAGUGUCUUUGUCGCUCGGUCGAACAGCAGAGAAAACAUCUGAAUCAGUGGAAACAGUCCAAGAGUCAAACGCUGACUCGUCAGAUUCUGACGGAGUCGGAGGUUGUUGUUGGAAGAGUAAAGGAGGUGGCUGCAGCUUUGCAGGGACUGAAAGCCUCACGUGUUUUUGCUGAAAAGGAGCACCCACGUGAUGUUGCGUUUUGGGAACAGGCUGAGACUGUCAGCCAGGCUUGUGAGGAUCUCAUUCUGCAGAUCCAAACGUUGCAUCCAGCCUUGCAGUUGGAUGAGAAAGAAUGGUCUUGUUUGGACAAAAAUCUGAGGGAGGUUUCUUUGUGCGCCAGUCAGAUGCGCUCUAUCCUGCAGCUUCACCGAACACAUCUGUUUUCACUGAAGCAGACAGAAGAUCACAUGGGGUGCAUUCAGCAACUGCAGGAAAUGGUCCAAAAAGGGGAAGAGCUUUGGAAAGAUAUCAACAAAUCAUUUCAGAAUCUUGACGGUAGAACAUCUCUAUUGCUCGGUGAACGAGUGGAACAAGAGCGAAAGCGGUGGAAGGACGUGUUGGACGAGCUGAAGGACGUAGAGAAGAAGACUUCGCAGACCUUGGCCCUCUGGCAGCAGUACGAUCACACUUCCAAUAAAUGCUCCCUUCAGCUGGAAUGCCUGCAGCAUCAGUUCUCCUCCUUGUUACCUCGACGGGAACCGCAGGUCACCGUCCUCUCAGUGGAGAAAUUGCAGAAUUCUGCAAAAGAACUACAAAGCGGUGUGGCAGAAGUUCUGGCCUUGUCAAAGAUUCUCGUUGGAUGUCUCCAACCGCUGGCUGCGAACUCUGUCAAAUCGGCAAGCAGGCUGCUGUCGCUUGAGGUCCUCCUCUUGAACCAGGCGAUGGCCGAGGCAAAGAAAAAUCUUCAGGAAGAUGUGGACAACCACAAACGCUUUCACAUGCAGCUGGAAGCUCUCGAACAGCAGACAAUACUGCAUGGAGAAGACUCUUGCAUAAAUGACAAAGACAUAGUGAAGCAGGAACUCUUAAAACUUGUUGAACUGCUUCCAUCACUGGUUAAUGUCAGCGAGAUGAGCGACUAUGUGAGCCUCAGCAAACCGGAGACAGAGACACUCCAAAUACUCAGCAACCAAUGGACCAAAAGUGUAACUCGCGUAUCUUUUGUACACAGAACUCUGCAACGUGGUCGCCAGCAGUCCCAAGACUUUCACCAGAAGUGUAAGGAGCUGACGUCUAUCCUGGAGGUGCUGGAGUCAGAACCUCAGAGUGGCUUCAACCUCCAGGAGAUGAUCGCUGUCCACCAGAGGCGUCAGAUUGAAAUGAUUACUGGACAAGAACUUCUCCAAAGUCUUCUCCGCGAUGCAGUGAAGUCCAUGGAAAUGCCAACAGGGGAGAAAAAAUCUGAGCUGAUGACACAAGUGGUCCAUCUGAGAGGGAGAUGGUUCAGGUCUGUGUUGCUGGCUAGCCAGCACUGGGCUGCAACAAGAGAACAGAUCUACCAAUGGAGGAUCUAUAAACGUGGCAAGAAGCUUCUGUGGAAGACACUAAGUGCUGUUGAUAACCUGCUGCCCCCCGUUCACCCUUUACUCGUCACAUUACCACAGCUUCAGGGCCUUGCAGAUGGAUGCCAGUGUGUUGAAGAAGCUGUGGAGCUCCUCCAGUCCAAGUUCACAGAAACUAUGGAGGCUGGCAGAUGUUUGUGUGAGACCACGUUGGAAUCGGAUCGUCUGAAGUCUGAGAUGCAGACCACAGAAAAGGCCUGGAAACGCACCAACUCACUGCUAGAGAAGAGGAGAGUACUGGUUGGCGCUACUGUUCAGGACUGGCGCCAGUGUCAGGACGGCAUAAGCAGCAUCAUGUCUGAGCUGGAGGAGCUGAGAGGCCAGUUGAACAGGCAGCUGGUUGCGAAGAUGGACAAGUCUGAGGAAGAGGAGCUCAUUCAGAAGACGGACCUCUCUUUGGGGCAUCUCGCCGGUGGAUUAAAGGACCUGGCCUCCAUGAAGACCGACCUGUCUCAGUACGUGGCUGCGGGUGACUCCGCUGUGCUGGAGCAGCAGCUGGAGCAACUCCACAUCCAGUGGGAAGAGUUGUGCACCAAGGUGUCCUCACGCAGACAGGAAGUUGCAGACCGCCUCAACGCCUGGACUAUUUUUAAUGACAAAAACAAGGAGUUCUGUGAUUGGCUCACCCAGAUGGAGAAGAAGGUGUGCCACAGUGCAGAGCUCAGCAUUGAGGAAAUGGUGGAGAAACUCAAAAAGGAUUGCAUGGAGGAAAUCAAUUUGUUCAGUGAGAAUAAAAGCCACCUGAAGCAGCUGGGGGAGCAGCUGCUUCUAGCCAGCGACGAGGCCAAGCAGACCCAAGUGUGCGGCUCUCUGGAGGAAGUGAACCAGCGAUGGCACAACCUCUUCCAUCACAUUGAAGCCAGGGUGAGGAAGUUGAAGGACACUUUGGUGACCGUGCAGAAGUUGGACAAAAACAUGAGUAACCUCCGAUCCUGGCUUUGCCGCGUUGAGGCCGAGCUCUCCAGGCCCAUCACCUACAGUGUGUGUCACCAUCAGGAGAUCCAAAGGAGACUGGCUGAGCAGCAGGAGCUGCAGCGGGACAUCGAACAGCACACAGAGGGCGUGGCAUCAGUGCUGAGCCUGUGCGACGUUUUGCUGGGAGACGAAGAUGCCGCCGGCGCCACCGAGGCGGAAAGCGACUCGCUGCAGGAGACCAGUCGCAGCCUGGACCAGCGCUGGGGGACCAUCUGUGCCAUGGCUCUGGAGAGGAGGCUCAGAAUUGAGGAAACAUGGAGGCUGUGGUGCAAGUUCCUGGAAGACUAUUCACGGUUCGAGGAUUGGCUCAAGAUGGCUGAGUACACUGCUGCCAACCCCAACUCGGGAGAUGUUCUUUAUUCCAUCGCGAAGGAGGAGCUUAAGAAGUUUGAGAGUUUUCAAAGACAGGUCCACGAGCGGCUGACCCAGUUAGAACUGGUCAACAACCAGUACCGCCGCCUGGCCAGGGAGAACCGUACCGACCGUGCCAGCCAGCUCAAAGCUAUGGUCCAUGAGGGCAACAAACGCUGGGACACCCUGCAUCGCCGUGUGACUGCCAUCCUCCGCAGGCUCAGGCAUUUCACCAACCAGAGGGAAGAAUUUGAAAGCACCAGGGAGAGCAUGCUGGUGUGGCUUACAGAACUGGACUUGCAGCUGACCAAUGUGGAACACUUCUCCGAGAGCGAUGUCCAUCACAAGAUACAACAGCUUAGCAGUUUCCAGAAGGAGAUCACCAUCAACACAGAGCGCAUAGACGGGCUGAUAGUGUUUGGAGAAAGUCUGAUCCAGAGGAGCUCACCCCCGGACGCUGCGCUGAUAGAAGACGAGCUGGAGGAGCUUCACUCCUACUGCCAGGAGGUUUUCGGCCGGCUGGUCCGCUUCCAUCAGCGUCUCAGCCAACCUCCAAUCCUCACAGAACCAGAGCUCCCGGGCACCAGCUUUUCUUUGGAGUCCAGCUUGGAGCUGAUUUGUCGGCCCUUGCUCGGGCGCAGCCAAGGGAGCCUCCCGAACACGCCCUUGCACCUGCUGGCCUCGCCCCUGGAGCAUUCUGGGCGGGAGACACCAGUUAGCGUGGACUCGCUACCCUUAGAAUGGGACCACACGGGGGAUGUCGGAGGGUCGUCGUCCCAUGAGGACGAGGAGGAGGAAGAGGGACGGGAAGAAGAUGGAAUUUACUUCAGUGCAUUGUCAGUGUCGGGCCGGUCAAUGUCUGCCUAUGAGAGUCCCAGAUGGCAGUCACCAGGAGGCGACAUGGACGCAUGUGACGCUGUGGCGUUACCCACCCUCACCAGCACCCCUCGAAAGCAGGGUUAUUUGCAUCAGUUGUCCCAAUGCAGUGACAACAUUGAGGACGUUAAACAAGUUUCUCUGAUCCUGGCUGACGAGGAACAGCCUGAGAUUGGUCUGAUCAGCUUGGCCGCCUCAGGCAAACAAACAGACGUGAUUGAACGCUGGGAGCUGCUCCACGCUCAGUCUAUGAACGAGCAACGCGAUGGCCUGCCGGAGUCCCAAAAUGUCACGUCCAACAUCGACGACGUCGUUUCCUGGUUGGACAACAUCCACCCGGAACUGGACCGCCUCCUGCAGUCGCGCCCGAGCAACAGGAUGGCUGACAUGGCGGCCAGAGCUAAGGAGCUGAAGGAGUUGCAGAAGAUGUUUUCUCGCUACAAGCCCGUCAUAUUGUCCGUCAACCUGCGGGCUCUGGAAGUCCCCGAGCAGCAGGAGGGCCUCGCCGGUUUGAACCGAGCUUGGAGUCGAGCUUCUACGGUUCUUCAGCGGUGGGACGCCAGUCUGAGAAAGACUCUGAUGCGUUGCCAGGAGUUCCACAAGAGCCUCCACUCUCUGCUGCUGUGGUUGGCCAUCGCCGACAAGAAACGCUACGCGGUGGACAUCCGCCACCCAGAAACACCUGUGCAGGCUCUCAGACUGCACCACCACACGCUCACUGUGUUGCAGGAGGAGCUGCUGGAGAGGCAGACCCAGCAGGCGUCCCUGCAGGCUCUGUGGUCUCAGCUGCAGCCGGACCAAGGAGCGGACGGCAGCGACGAGGCCCGGGAGAAGCUUCACGUGACGGCCGCCAAACUCAAGCUGCUCCUGAGGGACGUGUCUGAGGACCUCAGCAUCCUUCAACAACGCCGCCUGGAUCCAAGUAAUCAAGAGGAGUUGACGCAAACCAAAAAAUCCACCAAAAGGAGGAAGUCGUCGCAGCCGCGCUCCUUCCUGUACCGCGUGCUGAGGGCCGCCGCCCCCUUCCACCUGCUGCUGCUGCUGCUGCUGCUGCUGCCAUGUUUGCUCCCUCGCUCGGAGGGAGAGUCCAGCUGCGCCGACGCCAACAACUUGGCGCGCUCCUUCCACCCCAUGCUGCACUACACCAACGGCCCGCCGCCCACAUGAGGCCACCUGCCGCUUCCUGUCCCAUGGAGGGGAACUCACCAAGUGGGUUUGUGUAUUUUUCAUACGGACUUGUCAAUACAGACAAAAGUAUUGGGUCACCACGAUGUGGGGUGAAAUCCAUUUUACACGCGACGCUAAUUUCAUUCUCUAAACUUUAGCUUUUUUACUACAGCGCCAUUUUUAAAAUGGACCAAAAAUGUCCAUAUAAUUGUUGAAGAAGUCUUCUUCAUCACUUUGAUGGACUUGCUUCAUGCCAGCAUUUUUAACAUUUGUCUUUGUCAGACAACUGGACUUGAAAAGUGACAAGUCGGACGUUACAAAGUGAAUCAUUCACCUGUAAAAUGUUGUUGAUCGUCACCUUCAAACUUCACUUGGUGUGAUUGAAAAAUUGGACUGA